GUGUUAAUUAUGUCUCUGAUCUCAUAUUUGAUAUUUCGAAGUGGUUUUAAAAUCUAAUAUUUCCAAUGUUCCUACAUUGUAUUCCAUUCCAUUGCAAAAUCUGAAGUUCUGGUUGUCAAUUACCAACCAAUUUUUACAACAACACCAACCCAAUGACACAGAAUCUAAGGUGGUGGAUAUCAAACGAUGGUGGUGUUUAAAUCUUUCAUUCACAUUUGAAACUGAAAGGGCUGGAAAUGGUGGUUACUGAUGAAAGGAACCGCGAUCGUGCGAACAGGAGGGACGUGGUGGAGCUACCACAAUAUGAUCAAGCUGUAACUGUAGCAUAUUAUGAGGAGGAGUUGCAUGCUGGCGUACCUCUAUCUCACUUCUCCAGAAUCUCUCCUUUAAACAUGGAUAAACAAAACAAGGUGGUGGAGAAGAAAUACAAAAUAUUGAAUAAUAGUCCAACCAAGCAAGCAACUUCUGCUGAGGCUCAGAAGUUUUCAAGUUCCAUGAAGGCUGCAGUAGAAGGAACAUCCUCUCGUGGUGAGGUCAUGUCAUCUGCAGUUCUUCAAGCAGAGGAGGUCCAAUCAAAUUUGAGACCUGAAUUUCCUAGUUUUGUGAAGUCGUUAGUUAGAUCACAUGUUGCUAGUUGUUUUUGGAUGGGCCUUCCUGUGUCCUUCUGCAAAAGACACUUACCGGAUAAGGAUACAACAAUCAUUUUGGAAGAUGAAUCUGGUAAAGAAUACAAUACAAAAUUCAUUGCCUGUAAGACGGGAUUGAGCGCUGGAUGGAGACAGUUUUCUGCUGUGCACAAAUUGCAGGAGGGUGAUGCGGUGGUCUUCCAAUUAGUUGAACCAACCAAAUUUAAGGUUUAUAUAAUAAGAGCUAAUAAUACGAGGGAACUGGAUGGGGCCUUUCUGAAUCUUGAUAGCUGCACAAAACAACAAAAAAUGGGAGGCAAAGAUAACAUGGAUACUGAUCUUACAUGCAAUAGCUCAAAGAGAAAACAUGGUAAAUCUGUCCCACUUGAAAUCCAAAAGAAAAAAAAGGCAAACUUGUCGAGAUUGAGACCUAAAGUUAUGCCAUCCGAAGAACAAUCUGAAAAUGAUAGCGAGGAAGCUCUCUCAGAAAUUAUGGAGGAGUUUAGAAUGCUUGAGUUUGAAGAUGUCAGAGGCUUUGAAAAUUUUAGCAUCAUAGUUGAUGGAGCGUCAAUAGAUGCUGAGUUCCCUGACGAUGUUAGAAACAAGUACUACAGGCUAUGUUGUAGUCAGCAUGCAUUUCUUCAUGAGAAUCUCAUCAAGGGAAUGAACUAUAAGCUGGUCGCUGGAAUUAUAUCUGAAACUGUCAACAUUGCCGAUGCCAUAAAGGUUAGUAUGCUAUGCACCCCACGUAUGGAAUAUGUUAACUGGGACAAAAUAUUGCUAUCCUUCGAGCAUCUGGGUAUGAAUGUUGAGUUUCUAAGGAUCCGAUUACGCCGGCUUGUAAGCAUUGCUUAUGAGGAAAAUGAUGUCUCAGAGGCCAAAAAGUACUUGGCCUCUAGAAACGAGUACAGUCGGGCAGAUGAUGAAAUAAGGAACAUAGAAGAGAAGCUCCAAGAAUUGAAAGGAGCAUGUAAUGGUUUUGGUGCUUAUCUUGGGAGUUUGAAGGGCAAGGCUGAAAAUUAUCAUAAUAAAUUUCGAAGAGAGGUCGAUGCACCUUGGUGAAACUUUAUAUGUUUUUUGAGAAAAUGUGUGUGCAUGUAUAUAUUUAUGGGUCCUCAUGGUUAAACAUAAUCUCUGGAUCCUGUGACCUUAGACGGAAAAUAUCUAUUGUAGUAUAUGUUGUGUAAUUAUGAGUGGCAUUUAUCAUAGCCAUUAAUUUUCGCGUGUUCAUUUUUUGGUAACGAUUGUUUUUUACUGCUUGUUUGAUAAGUACUCCUUCUGCCAUAACUAAAAAGAAGA